UAUAAAUAGAUCCACUAUUUAAAAAUGGCCGAUUUUGUAAAACUCGUAGUGCCAAAAACUCCAUUGUUAAUUUCUACAACAAUAAAACAUUAUCUUGAUGGACCACCUAAACCUUCUUGGGAUUUAAAAUUUCAUUUAGCUGUAAUAUUGGUUAGAUCAUUGUUCAAAGAUUCCAGUACUCUAACUAUUGAGCAAGUGCAAAGAGCAAGUUGUUAUUCUAUCCCUGUACUGGCUGGUGUAACGAUAAAUGAAUUUAAGAUAAACAAUAAAUAUAGAUACGAAGCUCAAGUACAUCUUGAGAAGAUUUUGAAACCUUAUGAACAUGUUUUAGAUACUGAAUGGAAAGAUUUAAAAGAUGAUGGAAUUAUUUCUGAAUGGAUUCAAGUUCCUAAUGAUGAGUGGGAAAAAAGAGAAAUUAGGAAAACUAUUUUGUAUUUACACGGUGGAGGUUAUUAUUGUUGUGGUAAAAGUUCUUGUCGUAAUAAUACAAGUUCUCUUGCCAAAAAAGUAAAUGCAAGAGUUUUAGUAAUCGAUUAUCGGCUUGCACCUCAAAAUCAAUUUCCCGCCGGACUACAAGAUGCAUUGGCCGCUUAUUUGUAUCUCUUAAAUCCUCCAAAAGAUGCGGGAUUUGAACCUUUAAAUCCAAAAAAUAUUGUAUUUUCUGGUGAAAGUGCUGGGGGAGGUUUAAGCAUGGCUCUUGGUCUCGCUAUACGUGACGCUGGUUUACCAUCAUGCGCUGGUAUCAUCGGUUGGAGUCCAUGGGUUGACCUUACAGUUAGCACGCCUUCAAUAUUAGAUGACGAAUGUUGCGACUUUCUUCCAAAACCUUCGGAGAGGUUUGUUCCCAAAGAAUCUCAAGUUGAAAUUGAAUAUAAAGAAAAAGCUGCUGCCCUCACAGCAAAAAUUAAGAAACAAAAUAUUGGUCCCAAAAUUUGGCAUGAUUCUUUUGAUAGACCUGGAAGAAUACAAAUGUAUGCACCUAAUGAAGGUUUGGCAAUUCCAUAUGUUAGUCCAAUGUUAGCUGAGAGCUUAGGCGGUUUGCCUCCUUUAUUACUGGUAGCAGGAGAUAGUGAGAGAUUGCGAGAUGAAGCAAUUUAUCUUGCUCAUAGAUCUGCUGAACCAGCUAAAUAUAAAGGUCCAUCUUAUAAUGCUGGUAAAUUUGAAAAAUCUCCAUUCCAAGCUCCGACAAAUACUACACUAGAAAUAUAUGAAGAAAUGCCUCAUGUAUUCCAAGUGAUGGAUCAUGCUAGUACUACAAAAUCGUAUGAACGUACAGUCGAAUUCAUAAAUAAAGUGACAAACGCUAUUGACGAACCACUUCCCCCUUCCUCUUUCAGUUGCAUAAAUACUAAAGGAGAAUUUGGCCCUUUAAAAGAACAUCAUAAAGAAAUCCUUAAAUGGGAAAAUAUUGGUAUCGUACCAAGUGUCAAACGUGAAUUAACUACACGUAGAUCAACCCCGGAACUUUUCGUAUAUACGGCAUUAUUACUUGCCGGGUUUGCUUAUUUUCUUCGCAAAAAUUUCUAUUAAAUUUACUUAUUUAUUUGU